AUGGGAGACUUUAUUGGUCAUGUGUAUCCAGGCUUAUUUCUGGCCUUAUAUGGGCUGUAUCAGGCAAUAGUAGUCUCCAGGGCUAUGAUAUUCAGUGACUCUCUUCUGUAUCCUUCAUACCUUUCUAAGAAUAAGGGGAGAUGGGCCAGGCUGUGGCAAAUAGCCCAUACAGGCUGGUUGAAGGCAGUGACUGGCUCCCUCUUGAUAAUUUACGAGGUCACCUCUGUUGAAGGGGGGUUGAAAUUAAUGAGCAAAGAGAUGCCACCAAGGUUUAUGUUCCCCAAGGAGUGGCAGCAUCUCACCAUGUUCGCCCUUCUUACCCUUGACGGUUGUGUAGAAGUCAUGAGCAAGAACGUGCUGCGGCAGAGGAGGGUGGUCUUAGAAAGAGGUUCCACGGUCCUGGCCAUGUAUGUGCUGCUGCUGCUGCUCGUGUCCCACGUUAAGGAUUCAUCUGGGGUGGAGCUGCAGGUCCACUCUCUCCUCAUCUUGGUGGUGUUCCUGCUGAUGCUGGUGUUGACGGCAGAGCUGUGGGCUCCUGAGAGGUUUCACCUCUGGAUGAUAGAGACCUUCCUGUUCCUGAUGAUGGGCACAUGGCUGAUUCAGGCAGGUUUCAUUCUGUUUAGACCCGUCUCUGGCUACCCAUGGGAGGACGACGACAUCAGUGACAUCAUGUUUGUCACCACCUUCUUCUGCUGGCAUGUGAUGAUCAAUGCCUUAUGCCUGGUGGGAGUCUAUGGUUUCUCUUCAUUUUGGCAUCAUUAUUACAGUCCCAGCUUGAGGUUGAUGGCUUCCAAGAAAGUGCUGUAUCGUGAGAGCUCUUCAGGAACAUUUUACCAGCUGCUGCAGGCUGCAGAGCAGCAGGACAAGGAUGACCAGGCUCUUCUCCCUUCAAGGAGCUCUUCCAGUGACAGCACCUAG